UAAACAAAUGUUCUGCCAGCCAUACUCCACUCCUGGGGAAGACAGACCAGGGAUAAGGACUCAGGCUAAACAUGGCAGCUCAGGAUGUGGAGUUUGUGCGGACAGGCUAUGGGAAAAAUCUGGUGAAGGUUUUGUACAUCAAACGUGAGGGGACACACCACUACAUCACUGAGCUGAAGGCAAACGUACAGCUAACGCUGAAGUCCCGCAAAGACUACCUCCAGGGGGACAACUCAGACAUCAUCCCCACAGACACGAUCAAAAACACUGUGCAUGCCUUGGCCAAGCUGAAGGGUGUUAAAACAAUAGAAGAUUUUGCACUGGAUAUCUGUGAACAUUUCCUGACUUCCUUCAAACAUGUCACCAAUGCAGAGGUGUACAUUGAGGAAGCUCCAUGGAGAAGGCUGGAAAAGAAUGGAGUGGAGCACGCCCAUGCCUUCAUUUUCAGCCCAGAGUCCUGGCGCUUCUGUGAGGUUAAACAGGUUCUCAGCGGGACUCCUGUGAUUCACAGUGGGAUCAGAGACAUGAAGGUACUGAAGACCACCCAGUCUGGCUUUGAGGGUUUCCUACGAGACAGAUUCACAACGCUGCAAGAGGCCAAGGACAGGUGCUUCUGCACAGCAGUGUACACCAAGUGGCGCUACAACACCCGCAACGUGCCAUUCGAUGAAGCCUGGAAAACCGUCAGAGACACAAUCAUUGAGAAGUUCGCUGGUCCUUAUGACCGUGGGGAGUACUCUCCGUCCGUUCAGAAGACCCUGUAUGACACUCAGGUGCUUGUGCUGGACCGUGUGCCCGAGAUUGAGGAAAUUGAGGUUGUGAUGCCCAAUCAGCAUUACUUCACCAUUGACAUGACAAAAAUGGGCCUGUCAAACAAGGACGAGGUCCUGCUUCCCCUGGACAACCCUUCUGGGAACAUCACCGGGACCGUGAGGAGAAAGACCCGUGCCAAACUCUAAUAGAAAACACUGAAAGUUGGACGAUUUAAAGCUACAUCAAUCAAUUUCUGCCACUUAUGUUUAUCAAUUCAAAAACACUUUGGAUCGGACAUCAAACAUGCUAAAACUGCACUUGCUUCUAGUAUCUAUGUAAGAACAGUGAAAAACACCGAAGAUGGGCAAAGCCCGAAAGGAUUGUAUGUCUCUGUCCUUCUAAGGCUUUAUACAAUGUUUUGGCUUAUUUUUAAUACAACACUAUUUGAGAUACAGUUGCUGAGUGUUUUUUUUUUUUUUUUUUUCAUUUAUCUUGUUCUUGUUAUGAGUUAAGGAAGCUCAAUCAUGACAGAACUAUUAAAUCAUAUCAAAUAAA